AUGGGGAACGAAAGAGGUGACAACUUUGAAGAUAUGAGCAUUGAACAACUGAAAUUGGAGUUAUUGGAAGAACUUCAUAUGAAAGACUUAAUACAAUUCUCAAUAAUUGAACUAAGACACAAAAUAAUGGAACUGAAAGCCAAACUCAUUAUUGCUAAUAUAGGCAAUGGAUGGAAAAUCUGUUAUGAGAUACAACUUGAAGUGAACGAUCAACUAAAAAAGCAAAUAGCUACUCUCAAAGAGAAAUGGGAAAAACUCCAUGUAGACCCUUCAAAUAGACUGUCUUCUAUUCGUGCCUAUGAACGAAUGUCAGUAAAAUCCUUAGUUUCAUUACUUGAAAAGCUAGAAAAAGAAAAAAGGCAUCUUGAACAUCAAGUGAAAUACUAUUUACUUAAACUGGAAGAAGAAUCAAAGGCUUACCAAAAGAUCAAGAAUGAACGGCAAAUAUACCUAGCUAAAUUAUCUAAGAUCUUUCACUUAAAACACAUUUCUAGAAGGCAACAGAUGAAUGAACUCCACAAAAUUAAAGAGAAUCCAGUGAAAAUGGGAAGAUAUAAUACAGCUGAUCAGAAGACAGUAAAUACCAAAAGAGGACCAACAAAAAAGAGUACGAGAUUAAAUCACGUUCCAAAACCCAACACAUGA